GGCGCACUGGGACAACGAUCCAAACAGUCAAGGGGGGUUCGCAGCAGCAGCAGCAGCAGGAGGAGGAGGAGGAGGAGAUCUUCAACUUGGGCUCCGGAGCCGGUGCUCCUUCUGGUGCGGUGCAGUCUCAGCUCUCCACCGGACCGGUAUGCACCACCCGCGGAGGAGGAAGUGAGCCGACCGAGAAAGAAAGAUGCAGUCGGAGGACAUGGAGGUACCUAUCAUUAAUAACCUUAACGAUAACGGCGACAAACAGAGGCCGAAAGGGAAAGAUGCGUUCAAGGAUCAGCAGAAGGAGUCGGAGAACUCCAUGGAGUCUCCCAACCUGGAGUUUGAGUACGGAGACACAGACACGCUGACUGCUGAGCUUUCAGAGCUCUACAGUUACACAGAGGAGCCAGAGUUUGCCCUUAACAGAGACUACUUUGAGGAGGACUUCAGGAGCCAUGCUCGAAGCAGGAGGUGGAUCGAGCUGACGGUGGAGGAGCAGAGGGCGUAUGUGAUGAGACUGCUGGAUGCGUUGGAGGUGACGGACAGAGACAAGAGGCUUAAGGUGGCCAGAGCGAUCCUCUACCUGGCUCAAGGAGUGUUUGAUGAGUGUGUCACUGAGGUGGAUGUGCUUCACUGGUCCAGACACAAUGUCUUUCUGCUAUACGACAUGGGCAUCUUCACAGCACUGCUGGAGCUGCUUAGCAUGGAGAUAGACAACAACCAGGCAUGCAGCAGUGCAGUGAGGAAGCCUGCCAUCUCUCUUGCAGACAGCACGGAGCUCAGAGUGCUGCUGAGCAUCAUGUACCUGAUGGUGGAGACCAUCAGAGUUCAAACAGAGGACGACAGACCUGAGUGGAGAGCAGCCAGAGAGGCCUUCAAGAAUGAGCUUGGUUCACCUCUGUACAACGGAGAGCCCUUCGCCCUGCUCCUCUUCACCAUGGUGACCAAGUUCUGCAGCAUGAAUGCCCCACACUUUCCCAUGAAGAAAGUACUACUGCUGCUCUGGAAAACAAUACUUUUCACCUUGGGGGGGUUUGAGGAGCUCCAGGAGAUGAAGGUGAGGGGCCGGGAGCGCCUGAACCUGCCCCCGCUGCCGGAGGACAGCAUCAAGGUGGUCAGAGCCAUGAGAGCGGCCUCGCCUCCGGCCUCUGCCAUGGAGCUCAUUGAACAACAGCAGCAGCAGAAGAGAGGCCGCCGCAGUCGCAGGAGUGCCUUUGUUGAUAGCUUGGAAGGAGACAGUCCCUUUACCAAGAAGCAGCCACUGGUCAAGCAGGACAGCCUGGACACAUACAACGAACGGGAUCCCUUCAAGAAUGAUGAUGCCCGGGACGAGGAGGAGGACCCAGAGGACACAGACAGCGGCAUCGAGGGCGAGGUGGACCCCUUGGACCGUGAUGUCAUCAUCCAGCCGCCGCCUCCACCACCUCCCCUCAGACCAGCCACAGAAAGGGUCAACUUCCCUAAGGGCCUCCCCUGGGCCCCUAAAGUCAGGGAGAAGGACAUCGAGCACUUCCUUGAGACCAGUAGAAACAAGUUCAUCGGUUUUACUCUGGGGAAUGACAUAGAGACCCUGGUGGGAUUGCCCAGACCCAUCCACGAGAGUGUCAAGACUCUUAAACAGCACAAAUAUGUGUCUAUCGCUGAGGUCCAGAUCAAAAGGGAAGAGGAACUGCAACAGUGUCCUCUGACUCUGGGCGAGGAGGAGGUGGAGGAGACACCAGCAGAGAUGCUGUACCUGGGUAUGCUUCCUAACCUCUCGCAGUAUGUGAUUGCCCUCCUGAAGCUGCUGCUGGCCGCAGCUCCAACCUCCAAAGCCAAAACUGACUCCAUUAACAUCUUAGCUGAUGUGCUGCCUGAGGAGAUGCCUAUCACGGUCCUUCAGAGCAUGAAGCUGGGAAUUGAUGUGAACCGUCACAAGGAAAUCAUCGUCAAGGCCAUCUCAGCUUUGUUGUUGCUGCUCCUCAAACACUUCAAACUCAACCAUGUUUAUCAGUUCGAGAUCGUCUCUCAGCACCUGGUGUUUGCCAACUGUAUCCCACUCAUCCUCAAGUUCUUCAAUCAGAACAUCAUGUCCUACAUCAGUGCCAAAAACAGCAUUUGCGUGCUGGACUUUCCUCACUGUGUGGUCCACGAGAUGCCUGAGCUGUCAGCUGAGAGCCUGGAAGCGGGUGACAGCAACCAGUUCUGUUGGAGAAACCUGUUUUCUUGUAUCAAUCUGCUGAGAAUAUUAAACAAGCUGACCAAGUGGAAACACUCCAGGACAAUGAUGCUGGUGGUGUUCAAAUCUGCACCCAUCCUGAAGAGAGCUCUGAAGGUGAAGCAGGCUAUGAUGCAACUAUAUGUUCUCAAGCUGCUUAAGAUCCAGACCAAGUACCUUGGCCGCCAGUGGAGGAAGAGCAACAUGAAGACCAUGUCAGCCAUCUACCAGAAGGUCCGCCACAGGCUCAAUGAUGACUGGGCCUACGGAAAUGACAUUGACGCGCGGCCCUGGGACUUUCAGGCGGAGGAGUGCGCCCUGCGGGAGAGCAUUGAGAAGUUCAACAGCCGCCGCUAUGACAAGAACAAGAACGGGGAAUUCACACCCGUGGACAACUGCCUGCAGAGUGUGCUGGGCCAGCGCGUGGAGCUGCCCGAGGACUUCCACUACAGCUACGAGAUGUGGCUGGAGAGAGAGGUCUUCUCCCAGCCCAUCCAGUGGGAGGGGCUGCUGCAGAAUCCGUGAUUGGAUGUAGAGGAAGAGAGCUGGAGUGGGGGUGGCUGAAGAGGUCAUAUAUGAGCCUGUCGGAGAGUGAUUUUAGCCUAAAAUUUGCAGCCUAAAACAAAAAAUGCAAAAAUGGAGGUUGAGGAGACAGGAACAGGGAGUCACACUGCACAUCAGUGAUGCAGGAGUGGGGGGAGGGUGCAGAGAAAGAAGCUGGAGAUGGAGAAGCCACCACCCAGAGUAUCCGGUGAAGGGAGAAGGUGGAAGAUGAAGGGUAAAAUGGAGCCACAAAUACAUGCCACACACACACACACGCACGCACACACACUUGAUGCUAACAUGUGCCUACAACUACUGUGACCACACAUGGAUGUGACAGGCAAGAGCAGAGGUAGCAGUUAAAAAGAAACCGCUGUAGCGGGAGACUGUUUCAGCCAGUUAUACUGCCUCCCCUCCCCCCUCGUGUUACACCCCAAAAAUAUCUUCACCACUUUUCAGUUUAUACUGUUCCCCCUUUUUAAAAUGUCAGUGCUGUUUUGACUCCUUGGUGACAUUUUUUUUAUUUAUUUGUAUCAGUGUUUGUGGUUCAUGCUUUUUGAAUGAUGUAAAUGAUUUCUGAUCGGUUUGUAUUUUUUAAAUUUUAACACAAAGCCUGCUGUAGGUGCCAGGUUGUAGUUUGUCGAUGAUGGAUUUGAAAGUUUUUCUUAUGUAUUUUCUAGGUUAAAAAAAGAGGAAUUUUUGAAGCAAAUCACAGGGUCAUUUUUGAUAGUACGGAUGAAGAAAUGGGAAGCUGUUUACGAUAAUAGCGUAGUGAGCUCACAUAAUAAUGUCACCAAAAAGAAAGAAAGAAAGAAAUAUACCAGCUGUAAGUGUAUGGGUUUGCUUGUGGGCAUAAAAAGUAUGAACGUGCAGAAAGAAUGAAAACAGUAAAUAAAAACGGGCAAAUGGAGAUGCUUUGGAGUGAGAAAUAUUAAGAACCCUCUGGAAGAAACUGUAUCCUAUUUGUCCUCAUUUAGAGGUACAGAUAAGUAGCACAUUCACCUUGUACAGAAUUCUCGCUGUUCUGGGUAUUUUAGAAACCUCGGUGUCUUUCGAAUUUCAAGUUCCUAAAUCACAGACCUAAAUCUGUAAAUCAGCGAUGUCAUCCAGGAUUUGUUCUUGUACACAUAUCAAACUUAAAACCUGUUACGGUUCCAUAGAUAAGCUCAGGGAAGCUUCUGUGUGCUCCUCGGUAAAGGAGGCGAGGUGGUCAACGGGACCUGCAGUUACCAAAACAACCAGUUAAGGUUUACAUGAACUCUUUUCUCUUUUAAGGCCUAAAAUACUCUUUGAAAACCCAUAAAAUCACACGUUUUUGUCCCCUGUUGAAGUUUGAUUGUUUUCAAGUGUGAAAUGGGCUCAUCGCUUCCCCUUGUGGACAACAGGAGAAAAAACAGCAACUAUUGAUUUUUUUUUUUUCUGGCUUCAGGGGGCAGUAAUGAGCCCAUUGCUUUGGCGCACCACAAUGACGUGAAGAAUAUGCCGGACUAGAAUAGUUGAAAUAGGCAUAAAGGUGAGAUUUAUGUUAUAUAAGUAUUAUAUAAUAGAACUAGAUUAUGGACCCAAAGAUAGCAAGAAAAGAGAAAAGAGUGAAAACUAAAUGGUCAUUUUGGCAAAGUUACGUCUCUGUUAACUGCCCCACCAGCUUUUGUAUGGAACCAUUCAUGGCUAAUUGACAUUUAGCAAUGUUCAGAAUAGCAAGAACUCUGUUUCCCCAUGCUUCAACCUGCUGAUUCCCCCCUUUAUCUACCUGACAAACAGCACAAUAUGUAAACCACUGAGCUCCUUGGUUGUGGCCUUGGUGAGCACUUUGCCACCCUUGCUUGGAAGAACACAGCGGUCGCAAAAAUGGUGCUGUUUUUCUAGUUCGUCUUCGCUCUACCUUAUUCGUUCCUUCUUCAGAUCUAACUACCUAAACUCCUGAGUUGAGAGCUCUGAGGUGUUUCCUGAGAAUGUCUAAAACUGAAGCACAGAAAACAAAAAGCGUGUCAUAAAUGUCAUAUUAUUCUUGCUCGGUUCAGAUUGUUAUCUGCUUGCCUGAAGUGGUCGAGAGCAGUCAUGUAUUAUCUCUGUAUAGAAUAACUUUUGGCAGUUGUCCGUCUCUUUACAAAUGUGCAUGACCACUGUUUUGUUUCGAGGACCUGUUCAUGUUUAAAUAUGGUAUUUGGAAUGGCUGUUUUUCUUUUGUCUGAUGAUGUUUCUAGCACAAUUAGAAGUGUACUUUUUUCUCCGAAAGUCACGGUGUCCUGCGUUACAAGGGAUGUCCUCUUCUUCUUCAGGAAGGUGAAAUCUUUAAAUAUAUAUAUAUAUAUACGUAUUGUAUAUUUUAUAGAUUCUCAGGUUUAUGGAGAUAAUAUAUUGCAAAGAUUUUAAAAGCUUCCUUGCCAUCAUCUAGCUCACAUUCUUGUAUUAAAAGAACACGUGAAGCACGAAACACUUACUGCAUAGGCUGUACAUUUUCACUAAACACAGUAACUCAACGGUGAGUUUAUAAUAUGUCAUUUACAGUUCAAGUUCAUAUGUAGUUUUUUUGUACCUUGUGCCAAAGUUGAGUGCCAUUUUCUAUUUUUAUUUCCUUGAUGUUGCCUUCAUGGUCCUAUUCAAGGUUUUUCAUUCACAGCUGAACGUUUGCAAUACAGACAUGUUAUUUUAUACCUGAAAGCUGUACAAUCAAUGAAAAUAGCCGUUUCCUUGUAUCUGGUACAGUGUUUUAUCACAACUGUUUAGUAUUGUAUGGAUGUUACUGCAGUAUAUACGUGUUUUUGUUACACACAUUUCCAUAUCUGUGUAGUCUAGAUAAAUACUCAAUACUGAAGUUGUUCAGGGGUAUGUGCAAUUACACAUCCAUAGAGGCAUUAUUCAAUAGAAUGACAAAUUACAAUAUCAGAGUCGCUUAUUAAACAAUGUUGAACAGUU